AUGCAGUCCCCGCCGGUGUCACCGUCCAAGAGUAGUGCGUCCCCUACGAAGAGCGAGUUCCUCUACAAAGUGAUCAUUAUCGGCACACAGGCUGUUGGGAAAACCAACUUGCUGUCCGUUGCGGCCCGCGGAGAACAGUUCGACGAGCGCAGCGCUCCAACGCUCCAACCUGAGUUCGUCACUGUGAAAGUACAGCGUCCGGAUUGGAAGUUUGGCGAGCCAAACCAAUUCAUUCGUGCUCAAGUGUGGGAUACCGCGGGCCAGGAGCGAUUCCAGGCCAUCUCAAGCUCGCAUUAUCGACGAGCGAAUGGUGCACUGAUCGUUUACGAUGUGAGCGACAAGAACACCUUCAACGAUAUUUUCCCUGGUGGAAUAAGCGGUUGUCAAUGGCUCACCGCACUCAAGGAUAACUCGGAUCCAUCACUACUCGCCGCCGUCAUGCUCGUGGAAAAUAAAGUCGAUAAGCUCAACGAAACGUCGGGAGCCAAAACCAAGUUCGUGAAAGACCAAGAUGUUAAAAGAGUUUUGAGCGAAACAGUCUUCAAGACUCCCAAGUUGGGGCUGGGAUGGCUGCACGACGCGAAGCCCGAGGAGACAGUUCCCUUCCGGAUUGCCAACAGCCUCAUGUUCGCACGGACUUCAGCUCGAAACAACACCGCUGAGCUGUUUGAGCAGUCUGAGAAGGCAGUACCAGGCCGAGCUCUGACGAUUCAGGGCUUGUCACUUGAUGGUCUACCUUUGCCCGAGUUCAUGAAGCAGCAGCAGCCACCAAAGCUCGAGUACGAACCGAAUCUGGGUGUAAAGACGAUCUCGCAAGCGUUGGAGGCGCUAGUACUUCGCAUCUACACUCGUUCCAAAAACAUCGAGGCAGGCGCUUCCAAGCCCAGUGGCAAGGCCUUCAGCCUGCAUGACAAAGCAGAAACCACACAGAACAAUUCCUGCUGCUGA